UUGGUACCACAUGUUACCACUAGUGGCCAGAUACUUUGCGUGAUGCCUGUCAUUUCCCAACAAUCCCAACAUGACAGUCGCUUUAAAGAAUUGCACCAUUGCCCAUGCCAGCAUCUAUUUGAUGAGGGCAUCCCAUCCCUAGACUAGGGGUACAUCGCCGAGACCAUCUGGCAACACUUUUGUUUUAUUCCAUGAGAUUCCGGUAGUGUGGACCAUAGGAAUUAGUACUGUAGUGCAAACUGCAAUGGCUUUCUAGUCUGUGCCGCAAAUUUAUUAAAGUUUCUAAUUUUAAUGUUCUUACCAUAAAAUUAUAAAAUGACAUUAUUUAAACUGAAAUCGGCUACAACAAUACUUAUUGAAGAAGAUAACAAUAAAAACUGCUUACCACUCCUAUAUGAACUAGUAAAAGAUGAUAACAACGUGAACAUGUUUUGCUUUGAUCAGCCAGUUUCUGCUUGGAAAGGAAUUUUUAUGAACAAACAUAUUAAUUGUUAUAAAGAAGUACCAACAAAUUUUGUAACUCUAAAGAAAAAUACAACUUUAAUAAUUGAUUCGGUCAAUCAAAUGGCUCUUACAGUAGGUUGGAAUAAAUGUCUUAAACAGUUAAGAGAUUUCCAGCUUAACCUUAACGUGACUAAACUGGUUUUAAUAUUACACAGAGAUUGCAUUUUACUUAAUUCAAAGCUCAAAAUUAAUUUGAUUCAUAUGACUCAUGCAAUUGUAAGUUUCUAUCCAAAACAUAACAAUAAACUCAGCAUACAAAUAAAGAAAGCAGGUAAAUUUAUUAAGAGUGAUGAAACUUAUUGUUAUGAUUCAAAAAUAGGCUGUGUAAAAUUAACACCAAUAAUCAAACUAAGUAAGAAAGAUGAAGUAGAGAAGGUUGCUCCAGCUAACUUAACUACAUUCAAAAUUGAGACAGAUCAAAUAUCACAAUUAGAGAAAAAUAAAUUGAAGUUACCAUAUAUGAGUAAAAUAAAUGAAGGUCAAGGAAGAGUGUUUUAUGAACCUGAUGCAGUUGAUGACUGGGAUGAUGAAGAUCCAGAUGAUGAUCUAGAUAUAUAAACACAUUUUUGUUAUGAUUGUAUUGAGAAUUGAAAGUGAAUGAAAAAAGGAUUCUGGUUUAAAGGGAACUUUAAACUUAUCACCUAUACAUUACCUGCGAAUAGACCCAGCCUAAAUUGGUACAAAUCAGCCUUCCUUUACUUAUUACAUUUAAAGUAUAUUUGUGACUAGCCAGAUAACCCUUUUUAAAAUUGUAUUAUUUAGAAUUAAUCUUUACAUAUAUGACCAGCUGAUCUUGUAAUGUCGAACUCAUAUACAUCCAUCUAAACUUUUGCUUUAAUAAUUAUAAGUAGCACAAAAUACAAAGAAGAAAAAUAAAACAUCAUCUACAAAGAA